CGACGAUGCAUAUAAACACCAUUGGCCGCAUGCUCGAGGAGCCGGCAAUCUCGCCGAGCUUCCUCUCUUUCUCAUCCACCUUCACACUCACGCUCAACGUCUUCUCCUCGGUCUCCAAUCACCUAGACAUACACGACCCAUCACACCGGCGUCACUGCAAACAUGGCGACCGAGACAGCCAAGCCUCUCACUCCAGGCCCGACCACCGCCAAAAUCGCCUAUCAACAUGACGACGUGAAAGAGGUCUGCAUCAUGGUCGGAACCAUCGGUGGAGCCCGCUACCCGACCACCCUCAACAAGGUCGACGUCACCAUCAACGACCUUCGCACCACUCCCGAAUACAAGCCCACCCUGGACAAGAACGGUUUCUCCAUGAUCUCCGGUCAAAAGCCACUUCACAAGGAGCUCAAAGGCGGCGACCCGAAAGUGGUCGAGGAGGUUUACGCCGAGAUCACAGAGACUUUGAAGCGCGAGACGGGCUGCUCCGAUGUCUACAUUUUCUCCCACAUUGUCCGCGAUGACCCAUUCCAGAGGAUCCUCGAUGUCCCCGCGGACGCCGAUCCAAACACCAAGUGGCCUCACAAGACCACUGCCCAAUUCGGUCACGUCGAUCAAUCCUACUACGGCGCCGGCACCACCCUCCAAAACACCUUCGGCCGCAUCCCCGAGGACCGCGCCGAGACCCUCCGCCGUCUCGAAAAGACCCACCGCUGGGCCAUCAUCAACACCUGGCGGCCCAUCGCCAACGUCACCCGCGAGCCCCUCGCCAUCGCGGACGGCAACACCGUCUCCGACGCCGACCUCACGACCAUGGAGGUCGACCCGGCCGCCCUCGUCGGGCCCGGCGCCCCGCACUCGGAGCUCUGGCAAGCCCGCCACAAGCCCGGACACAAAUGGUGGUACGCGAGCAACAUGACCAACGAGGAGGGCCUCCUGAUCAAGUGCUUCGACACUCGCAUGGAGACCGGCGAGGACGCGACCUGCCGUCGGGCCCUCCACUCGGCCUUCGUCCACCCGGAGGACAACGGCCCGCCGCGCCAGAGCUGCGAAUUCCGCGCCUUCUGCUUCUGGGCCGACGAGGAGCGCAAGGGCGACGAGGUCGAGCACGCCUACGAUAACUCGUUCCGCGUGCCGGUCGCUGCGGCGUAGAGACGAGGUGGGGGAUUUUUUAACGUAUGUUCUGACCAAGGAAAGAGUUAUGCGGAAGCG